CUUCAGUUCUUCAUUAUCACUGAGUUUUUCUUCGCAAAUUCCCGCCACUUCAUUGCUACUGAUCCCUUCUUUUUAGGGUUUAAAGUCCUAAAACACUUGUUCCUCUCAUGGCUGGUAUGUCAAGGGAUGAUAAUAGUAAUACAGUCCGUGUGCUUGUUGCCACGGAUUGUCAUUUGGGGUAUAUGGAAAAAGACGAGGUCCGUAGGCAUGAUUCAUUUCAAGCGUUUGAAGAAAUAUGUUCCAUAGCUGAGCAGAAGAAGGUAGACUUUUUACUACUUGGUGGUGAUCUAUUUCAUGAAAACAAGCCAUCAAGGACGACAUUAGUGAAAGCGAUUGAAAUCUUGCGUCGAUAUUGUCUUAAUGAUAAACCAGUGCAGUUUCAAGUUGUCAGUGAUCAGACUAUAAACUUUGCAAAUGUGUUUGGUCAUGUAAAUUAUGAAGAUCCUCAUUUCAAUGUCGGGUUGCCAGUGUUCAGUAUUCAUGGAAAUCAUGAUGACCCUGCUGGAGUGGAUAACCUAUCUGCAGUCGAUAUUCUUUCAGCGUGCAAUCUUGUAAACUAUUUUGGCAAAAUGAUUCUUGGAGGUUCUGGGGUCGGGCAGAUCACUCUCUACCCAAUUCUUAUAAAAAAGGGUGAAACUUCUGUUGCUCUAUACGGCCUUGGAAAUAUUAGAGAUGAACGCCUGAAUAGAAUGUUUCAGACUCCACAUGCCGUACAAUGGAUGCGUCCUGAACCUCAAGAAAAUUGUGAAGUUUCAGACUGGUUCAACAUCCUAGUGCUUCAUCAAAACAGAGUGAAGACAAAUCCUAAGAAUGCCAUAAAUGAGCAUUUUUUACCUCGGUUCCUGGACUUUAUAGUUUGGGGGCAUGAACAUGAAUGUCUUGUUGAUCCUCAGGAAGUUCCAGGUAUGGGUUUCCACAUUACUCAACCAGGCUCUUCUGUUGCAACAUCACUUAUCGAUGGAGAAUCAAAACCGAAGCAUGUACUUUUGGUAGAAAUUAAGGGUAAUCAAUACCGGCCAACCAAGAUACCACUACACUCUGUUAGACCAUUUGAAUAUAAAGAGAUAGUAUUAAAGGAUGAACCUGACAUUGAUCCAAAUGAUCAAAAUUCAAUUCUUGAACAUCUGGACAAUGUCGUAAACAGUCUCAUAGAAAAAUGUAACCAAAGGGAUUCUAGAAAUUCAGAGACUGUGCUUCCUCUUAUACGUGUAAAGGUUGAUUAUUCUGGGUUCAUGACAAUAAAUCCUCAAAGAUUUGGCCAAAAGUAUGUUGGAAAGGUUGCUAAUCCUCAAGAUAUUCUUAUCUUUGCAAAAGCUUCAAAGAAAGCUCAGGGUGAAGCAAAAUUUACGGAUGCGGAACGACUUCGACCAGAAGAAUUGAAUCAACAAAACAUUGAAGCAUUAGUUGCUGAGAGUCAAUUGAAAAUGGAAAUCCUUCCUGUGAAUGAUUUAGAUGAAGCGUUACACAAUUUUGUUAACAAGGAUGACCGAAAUGCGUUCUAUUCCUGUUUGAAAUACAACCUUGAAGAAACUGUGAAAAACAUUGCUCGGGAUACAGAUAAUAUGAAUGUUGAAGUAGAAGAUAUAAUAGUCAAAGUUGAAAGCUGCUUAGAGACUCGUGUGAAGGAGAGAUCCAAGUCUAAGGAGGACCAAGUAUUUACUUCUAGUGCUCAGUCCAUGGAGAAUCUGAUGAAUAAAGCUCCCGGAGGAAUUGGAAGUGCAGCAUCCUUUAGUGAUGAUGAGGAUACAACACAGUUUCUUGGGUCAAGGGCUACUGGCCGAGGCAAAAAAGGUUCAUUGGAACAGUUUAAGUCUGCUCGUGAUGUCUCUCAAGUUGCGAAGACUUCUACAAGAGGAAGGGGAAGGGGGCGAGGUAGGGGUUCAACCUUGAAGCAGUCAACUCUUGAUGCAUCAAUGUUUCGUCGUUCAGAUAGAUCAGCAUCGGUUGCUGCAUCAGCUUCAGUUCAAAGUAUAGCUGCUGAUGAAGAGAACUUAAAUUCUGAUUCUGAUGAUGAACCAGUGCAAUAUGGAAUAAAUGAGCUUCAUGACAGUUCGGAUGAUAAUGAGAGUAUGCAAGGCAAGGGUCGCAAACGAAGUGCUCCUAGGGGAAGAGGUAGGGGCUCCACUGCUGCUAAGAGGGGAAGGAAAUCGGACAAUAGUUCAUCCUCAAUCCAACAGAUGAUGAUGAGAAAUGAUGACGAUGAUGAUGAUGAUGUGCCAAAAAGAAUGAACAAGUCUCAACCACGGGUGACAAGGAACUACGGUGCUUUAAGGAGGUAGCAUCGCAAUGUUCGUUGUGAUUUUGUUGGGAAUUUUAAUGUACAAUUCUUUUCAGGUAGUCCCAUUUUGAUCCAUUAGUUAAUGAUCUGUAGAAAACAUUUCAAGCCUGUUUUGGUGAGUUUGUAAGUUGUAACGGAAAAGGAUGAGAACUGUGUACAGUGAGCAUGUCUCUAAAGUUGUCAUGGUUUGUGCA